UUCGACUCGGGGCAAUAUGAUCUGAGCUUGGUCAAUAUAUCUGAUAUACCCCUCAAGGCCAGUCAAUAUUAUAUAAAUAUUGUGUACUUGUGGUGCUGUCGUCCCGGCUUUAUUUCGUGUAAGGAUAUUGCUUCACUUAAUGGCUGCUGGGACAACAGCACCACUGCGCCUAGAAACAAUGUAUUAGGCGCGUUAUAAAUGUGAUCUAUUAUUAUUUAUUAUUAUGGAAUGAUGUGCUGCCUACUUGUACAAAUUUUUUAAGUUGGAUAUGUUUUGGCGCAGCCGUGAAGUACUGUCAAGAGUAUCAAAGUUCUUACUGUUCACUUCAAGUGAUUUCUCAUUAUGGGAAAUGAUACAAAUGGGUCCGAUCCAUUGAGGAUAUCUCCAUGUCCUAUAUCAGGGCUAGACACUAACGGGUGCCUAGGGUACCUGAGCACAUACGAUUUAAGUCCAGACCCCCAUCAUUAUGAAGUUUUUACAUAAGGCUCGUACAUAGAAACUGUAAAAAGUUCAGUCUGGACCCCCUUCAGUGUGGAGCCUUGCCUGUAUGAUGUUUGCCCUUUUUUUUUUCUUUUUCAUUUAAUUUCAUUCAUUAUUUAUUAAAAGAAAAAUCAUGAAUGUAAUUGUUUGACCUUAGGGUCCUUUUGUAGUAUCAUAUGUUGACCACAAAACAAUUUUCAUUAACUGUUUGGUUAAACAAUUGGGUAGAAAAUGUGUGUAUGUCCUAUUAUGACAAACACAGGAUUGCCCAUUGGUAUAAUUGUAAAGAUAACCAUUAUAAUCACAUGACUAAGUAUGCCUGGACCCCUCUUGUGUCAGGGAUGCCAAAAUUCUGCCUAAGAAUAUUCUAAUUUUGUUGUAAUGAUGCACUAAAAUGGCUGGCUUUCUUCCUUUUCUGAAGUAAAACCAUACCAUGUACAUGCAUUAGUUGUCAAAACUUCUUCUUCUGAAAGAUAUUCUCAGCCAAAUUUAGCAGUGAAUCCAAGAAGAAGAAGAAUAUUUUCCAUUGAAAUUGUUAUGUAUGAUGAUUUUCAGGAGGGGUGAAAUUCCCAAAAUGUAUUAAUUAUUGAAAUGUUUCUUGUCAUCAUGAUGCAGCCAAACCUAUGUAAACUCCAUUAACAGUGCAAAUGAAUUGUUUUAUGUGUGCUAAAGUUUGUUUAAAUGUUGAAAUAACAACUCUAAGAGAUACAAUGUAUUUGAUGAAUCUGUUAUUGAAAAAAUAAAGAUUAAAAAAGAAUGUUGUUAAAGUAGAGAACCAAUGCAUUGUACUAAUGUACUAAUUACUUCAAAUUCAUCAAGAAACUGAUAUGAGAGCUGGUUUUUGGCCAAAGUACUGAAAUUUUGACUGGUCAAUCAAAUAGAUAGUUUGUUUCAGCUUCAGAUGGUUGGGUACAGGAACUUCUAAUAUUCAACAGGUGAACUUCUUAUUAUUCUCAAAGAACUUCUUAACCAGCAUCCAACAAUUGUGAUGGUCACAACCAAAACAACCAUCUAGCAUCAUCAUGUGGAACCACAUUUCAUUGGUAGGAUACAAGAACUUUUCUCAAGAAGUUAUCAAUAUUGUAACUGGAUGACAAAUCAUCUAGCUGCACUGUAUGGUACCAGACUUGUUCUACAGCCUUCACAAUCUUUUUCAAGAAUUCAUCAACUUUGUGACUGGGUCACAGCUUCAUUUUAUGGUACCACAUUUUCUUGAGAUCCUUCAAAAACUUUUCUCAAGCUGUUGUCAACAUUGUGACUGGGUCACAACUCAUCUAGCUUCAUUUUAUGGUACCACGUUUUCAUGAGAGCCUACAGAAUCUUUUCUCAAGAUCCGAUUUCUAAAAAAGGAAUAUGGUUGCAUCGUGUUAUCAGCUCUUUAUAUGCCCAAUUAUUCUACUACUUAAUAUUUAUUGAAACCAAAGCAUAUUUGAAUAUUGACUUUUUUUCAAAGAGAUAUUUAUAUCAGGCAUGUUGAUGUCUUGAUUUGAUGUUGAUUUAAAAAAAAUUAUGUUCAAUAGUAGGUUUGGCUGUAUCAGUACUUGAUGAUUCUUAAGUGAAGUAUUUAAGAUUUUACAAACUAUUUCACAUGUUCAGAAUGACAUUUACUAAACAUAUUUGUUGACUAUUAGAAAGCGGUUUGUGUCGUUAAAGUGCUUUCACAGACCUAUUGCAUGGCAUACAUAUGAAUAUGUACCAAAGUAUCAUUAGUGAUCAAGCACUCUAUUAAAUAUAUGGACCAAAGACUUUUUAUGGAUUUGAUAAAUGAACCAAGCAAUUUUGGCAGAAAGAUGACCACAUUGUUUCUUUCACAGCUAAGGAUUUAUUGUGAAUAUUUGAUUUAUUGUGAUUUUGUGAAUAGUAUACACUUAAGAAUAUAUAUGUACAUAUUUGAUAAAUAGUGUUAUAUCAUGUCAAGAAUACCUUAUUAGUUAUAUCAUGUAGGAAAUUGGAUUAUUAUGAUGCUAUGUGUGAUUGUGUGUUCAAGUCUUUCUUAUUUAUGAUUUUGUGAAAUAUGAUUAUGAAUAAAUGAUUAUCAAAAAAAGAAAAAAAAAAAGAAACAAUGCAUUCGAGAAUGACAUGAAAAUUUGCUAACAGCAAUGUUUAUUUUCUAUUCAUCUCUUUGCAUUGUUUAGAUUACUGGCUCCCACCUCAUCCACCACUGGGAAUGUGAGACAUAAACACUUCUAUCCUAAGUUCAAAGAGGUUGAUCUCUCCAAAGAAAACUUCAACCGUUUCAAGCAACGACCAGUAGAGGGCGAUCUAACCAAGGAGAAUGAGACGUUUGUAUAUAAAUGGAGUCAGACGAAGCACAUGAUGAGUCCAUUGAAGCAGGCUCCAUGGUUGAAAGGUGAAUGGACUCCUCAGUCCAAGAGGGCAGGAGUCAUCGCCAUCAAGCUAGGCAUGCAACCUCUAUGGACAAAGGAAGGAAAACGAGUUCCUACUACACUCUUACAGGUUUUGGAGUGCAAUGUAAUAGAUUUCCAUCCUCAAGGGCUAAAUGGGAGUGAUCGACCUGGGACUGUCCUUGUAGCCGCCAAGAAUGCCCCACCAUACUAUAAAGAUGAGGAGUAUGCAGAUCUGUUCAAGUCAGUGUGUCUACCUGUCAAAGAACACAUCACUAGCUUCAAUGUGACAGAUAAUGCAGCUCUUCAACCAGGUACACCUCUGUAUGCUGCUCAUUUUAGACCAGGCAUGUAUGUGGACAUCGCAGCUAAGACGAUAGACAAGGGUUUCCAAGGUGUGAUGAAGAGAUGGGGUAUGAAAGGACAACCAGCUUCUCAUGGUGCUACCAAAACACAUAGGAAGAUGGGAGGAUCAGGUGGUGGAGGGGAUCCUGGUAGGAUAUGGCCUGGUAAGAAGAUGCCUGGAUUCAUGGGUGAUAAGCUCCGGUGGACAUUUGGCCUGAAGGUACUACGGGUGAAUACCAAGCAUAACAUCCUCUAUGUCAAGGGUACCAUUCACGGGCGUAACUUGGGCUUCGUCAAGGUCAAAGACUCUCACCUCCAUCCCGUCUCUGAGAUGCCACCCUUCCCUACAUACUACCCAGAAGAAGAGAUAGAAGAAGAUCUCAUGGAUGAAUCACUGCAUAACUUCUCCCAUGCUAGCAUUGAAUAUGAGAUUGAGGAAGAGGAAGUGUCAUGAUGACAUGUGAAUCAUGGAAAGACAGACAUUAGAUUUACAGAGGCUUGGAUCGAACUCCAUGCCUUACAAACAUUGAUAGAGACUAUACACAGCACAAAUCCCAAUCUUCAAUAUAAGAAGAGGAGGGAGGUUUGUGUGAUAUUUUGAGUGAUUACUAUGAAUAAUCAUGAAUUGGUUUGCAGGAAUGCCAGUUUUCAGGCAAUAGUCUGAAUUCAGACCCUAGCAAGUUAUUUUCAGUCCAUAGCUUAGGCUUUUUUGUGUACAAAAUAGCUUGUUCUAGGUGAUUUUCAGGCCCUCUGAUCAAUUCUAACUGGCAUUCCUGGAUUUGUAAGCCAUCAUUCUUUGGAGGUAAUAGUUCUUCAAAUUCCUUAUUUAUCUCCUGGAUAGUGGCUAUAAUGUAAGAAAUAGAUUGAAACAGGUUGUUGGAUGUGUAACUAUCAAGUGUUGAACUAGCCUCAGUCAAUCACCUGUGGUGUGGGGGAUUAUGAGAGCACCAAGAAAUGAUGUGCCACUUGCAGUCAUUAUAAACCUAGUGGACGGUCUGUCAUAUAUUACACUCAGUAGAGGGGAUGUAUGAGUUCAAGGGGUACAUCUUCUAAUGUUCAAAUAUUGAUAUGAUCGCUAGAUGCCACUUCUUAGUGGAAAGUGAAGGAAGUUCUCGGAAUAUCAGGCCUGAUUAAUUACCCAAUUUAAAUCGGUUUCCCGUUUGUUUCCAGAUUUUUUUUCUUCUCCAAUUUAUCCGAACUUGUUCACAAUUUUCUUACUCAAAAGGCGGGGAAUGUUGUUAGAUGCCAUUUUCCCCCCCUGAAUCCUUGUUUUUUUUUAGUGCUCACUAUCACCCCUGUCUCAGAUAUGAAUCUAUUUUUGUCAUGUCCAGUCAGUUAACCAUUUUCCCACAUUUUGUGGAUGGGGUUCUGAACUGUGAUAUGUUUGAAGUAGUACAAAGUGCUUUUUAUGAAGAAUAAUAUUGACUGAAUUAUUGAAUGAUUCACUGAUUGACAUAAAUAAAUACUAUCAACAAGUCAUUUA